ACACACAAACAAACAAAACCCACCACCCUGAGGCCUCUAGCUCUUCCCCGCCCACCUUUCCCUGGCUCGGGCUCUCCCUCCUCCCAGUCGCCGGGUUUUCCCCGCCCCCGUCAACGUCUGGGCACGUCCCCCUCGCGGCGCGGGCCACGCACUGUAGUGCUCUUAACCUCUGCCCGCCCGGCGCGGAGUUAGAGGCCGGGUCUGCGCGGGCCGCGCGCACUGUUGGUGGCGGGAGCCCGGGCCUGCAGCCCCGCCGGGCGGAGGAUGACUUGCUACCGAGGCUUCCUGCUGGGCAGCUGUCGGCGUGUGGCAGGCGGCCGGGCGGCGGUGCUGAGGGGGCCGGGCGCGGGAGGCCCCGCCGCGCGGCCGCGGCUCUGCGGUGACGGCGGCGGCCGGCGACAUCUGGGGCAGGGGCAGCUGCGCGAGCUGGCGGGCUGUGGCAGCCGCCCCGAAGGCGGCUUCCGCCCCUCGCGGGUGGUGGUGGUGGCCAAAACCACCCGGUAUGAGUUCGAGCAGCAGCGGUACCGUUACGCGGAGCUCUCGGAGGAGGAUCUGAAGCAGCUGCUUGCAUUGAAAGGCUCUAGCUACAGUGGACUGCUUGAACGGCAUCAUAUUCACACCAAAAAUGUAGAGCAUAUUCUAGAUAGUUUACGGAAUGAGGGAAUUGAGGUUCGCCUAGUAAAGAGGAGAGAAUAUGAUGAAGAAAUUGUUCGAUGGGCAGAUGCUGUCAUAGCUGCAGGAGGUGAUGGCACGAUGCUUCUGGCAGCAAGUAAAGUCUUGGACAGACUUAAACCAGUUAUUGGAGUAAACACUGAUCCAGAACGGUCUGAGGGUCAUUUAUGUCUUCCUGUUCGAUAUACACAUUCCUUUCCAGAAGCCUUACAGAAGUUCUAUCGUGGUGAGUUCAGGUGGUUAUGGAGGCAACGAAUCAGAUUGUACCUUGAAGGGACUGGCAUAAACCCUGUUCCCGUGGACCUUCACGAACAGCAGCUGAGUUUGAAUCAACAUAGCAGAGCCUUCAACAUUGAAAGAGUCCAUGAUGAAAGACCUGAGGCUUCAGGACCCCAGCUUUUGCCAGUGAGGGCACUAAAUGAAGUCUUCAUUGGGGAGAGUCUAUCAUCCAGGGCUUCCUACUAUGAGAUUUCAGUUGAUGAUGGUCCAUGGGAAAAACAGAAGAGUUCAGGGCUCAAUUUGUGUACUGGAACAGGAUCAAAGGCCUGGUCAUUCAAUAUUAACAGGGUUGCGACCCAGGCUGUGGAAGAUGUUUUAAAUAUUGCAAAACGACAAGGAAAUUUAAGUCUUCCAUUGAACAGAGAAUUGGUAGAGAAAGUAACAAAUGAAUAUAACGAAUCGCUGCUCUAUAGUCCAGAAGAACCAAAAAUACUUUUCAGUAUUCGAGAACCAAUAGCAAACAGAGUUUUCUCCAGCAGUCGUCAGCGCUGCUUCACGUCAAAGGUAUGUGUUCGAUCUCGUUGUUGGGAUGCCUGCAUGGUUGUGGAUGGAGGUACUUCUUUUGAGUUUAAUGAUGGAGCAAUUGCCUCGAUGAUGAUCAAUAAAGAAGAUGAGCUUCGAACUGUGAUUCUAGAGUAAUGAAAAAUUUCCUCAGAUGACAAAUUUUGAUUACUGGGAAAAUACGUUCACUGCAGAAACAGACUACCAAUCAUAAAGCUACAUAUUUUGGUUAUUGUUGAGACUGGUUGGCCCUGAGCUCCAAAGGUGACCAAGGAAGUGAGAUUUGCAUUAUUCUUCUUUUGGAUUUGGAUAAAAAAGAUGUUCACUGUGUUAGAGAAUGGAUGGACUAAACUGAUCAGAAUUUAUACUUCUACAUUGCUUAUAGUUGGUAUCAAAGAGUACUGAUACAUUUUUAAAUUUAGAGAGGUAAGCUCAAAUAAAGGAUUAAAUGUUUAAGAUUUGAAAUUUCACUGUACAAGAUUUUUUUUUUUUUUUUCCCUUUCCUAACUUUGUGGAAUUGGUCAGACCAACAUAUAUCAUUUAAUUAGGGUAUAUUUUUUUAUAGUACCUAAAAAUCAAGAUUUUUAAAAAAUUUUGAUGGAGAAUUUUUGAUAAAUCCUGACAUUGACCUAACUGAAGUAGGUAAAUGUGUUUUUUAUAUGUGCUUAGAAUUUUCUAAUUUCAGAGGACAAUACUGUUAUGGCUCUAUUGAUUUAAGAAGUUCAAAUCAUUUUUGAAAUUAUCGAUGUUUUCAUUUAAUUGAUUUUCAGGUUAAUUUUGACAGUUCUGGGUGAAAUACAUAUAUCUGGACAAAAUCAUGAUACUGUUGCAAAUGUAUUAAUUAUCCAAUAGCUAUCUGAGGGAAGAGACUUUUUUUUUUUAAAUGGUUUUGAGUCUUAAUAGAUUCCUUCCAUAUUUAAAACUCUAACAUGGAAUCAGAGACUAUAAGAAUGAAUUGAUUAGACGUAUUCUAUUAGGAGUUUGGUAAAACCUUUUAAAAAUAUUUUCAUCCAGUAUUAUGAGGUUUGUCAGAAAAUGGAUUCUUUAAUAAAUAUGCAAAACACAAAUAGUUGGAAUUGCCUUGCUUUUAAUAUCAUGGUAGUUUUCACUAGCUCAUAUUCCAUGUUUUUACACACUAGCUUUGGGAGAUAAAAUGUUAUGGCUUCUCUUGCCCUCCCUCCACUAUGAGAUUUCCUUUAGUUUGAGAGGAAAUUAUCUAAUUAUUGAUCUACUUACAAGUAAUCCGAGAUUUUUCACAAAAAGCACCUAUUGCUGUGUCAUGAGACAACUGGUAAUCUCAUGCCAUUUAUUCAAAGUUGUAUCUGUUUUUUUUCACUUGCUGCUAAAAAGUUCAACAUUGAAAUAUUUAUUGAACACAUACCUUGUGCCAUGUACUGUGUCAGAUGCUGGAUCUCAGUUGAUCAAUGAAAAAGACUGUCCUGAUAGAACUUGAGACGAGUGGGCUCAAAUUCUGUGAGAGCUAGGAUAUAUAAUCGAAUUGAGUGCUAUUACUUUUGCCAACAUUUAAUAUGUUCUUGUCAAAUUUUUAAAUAAAUGUUACUAUACAAAGGUAAUCUAGGUUUUGAUGUAUAUCCAGAACAAGAAUCUGUUUUUCUUUUCAAAGAGUAUCUGCACAGACGUUCAAAGCAGUGUUUACAUGAUGUGUACAAUGAAAAUUAGUGUUUUCCCAGAGCUGGAUCUAGUUUCUGGCUUGAUUUAAAAAUGUACUGAAGAUAACACUUUAUGAAGUGAAAUUCCACACCAUAAAAAUUCCUCCAAGAAGUUUAAAAUACCUUCUUGACAAAAAUGCCAACUCUAUCCAAAAUGGUACCAUAGAUCUGUUAAUGUUACAUAUUAAUAGGCAAUCUGCUCUGUAAAAUUGUUCAUAAGCCAUAUUUUAAAGGUUUAAAAAAUAGUUAAUGUGCUGCAUUUGCAGUAUAACUAACAUUUCUGCUAGGUGUUGGGGAUUUAUUUGUUAAGAGAUAAGAGGCAAAGGAUAUUGCAAUAGAAGAAACGCGUUUAUGAAUGAGUUAACCUUUUAAUGGCAACUAUGUGAAUAAACAUAAUUAAACUGG